AGGAGCACCUCGACCUUAUUCGUCUACUACCCCUCUUGAGAUAUUAAGCCGCCCAGCGUAACAGCAUCAUGUCACUAAAUUUUGUUGACACACGCAACCCCGUGUAUUAUGUGUAUUUUCCCCCCGCCCCCGCUCGCCAGACUGACCCAGUCCGAGACCCCAUGAUCUUUAGCUGAAAGUAAGACUUCCAAAACAUCCAAGCACGCCGACGCCGGCCCAGGGUAGCCUUGUUCUACACAAUCACGCCUAGGCCCCGUACAACUUUUCAGCAGAAAUGAGAGCAACAACUCCUGCAUCAAAACGGUCCAGCUCUCCCGGGGGGUCCAUCAACCCUCGUGCGGACGAUCACCAUCUUCCCCUGGAGCCCGUCGACAUGAGCCAGAACAUCGCGAACCACAACUCGGACAUGAUCGACAAGCUCGCGGCGCAGCGGCAGAUGCUGGCGGCGUUCUCGGGCGCGACGGCGAGUUUAAAGCAGAAGGUGAACGACCUGGAGCAGAAAAAUUUGUCCAUCACCAAGAACUGCAACACGGUGAAAGCGGACAACAACGUGCUGGCGCUAGAAUUGAAACAGCUCCAGGACACGCAGGACACGCAGAUCGAGUCCGUGCGCAUCGACCUGAAGCAGCGGGAAAAGCGGUGUGAGUUGCUGGAGCGGCAGGUGGAGCGCAACAGCCGCGUCGAGGAAGAGCUCCGCGAGGAGACCAUCCAGCUCAAGACCGCGUUCGAGAUGGAACGGAAGCGGUUCCAGGCCUUUCAGCUGAACAUGGCCCGGAAUUUGUCGGGGCUGCGGGCGCUGCUCCGGGAGCGGUUCUCGAUCGACUUUGACAGCACCUCUUUCGCGAACCUGGCGAAAUUGCCCCGGGAUCUGGCGGUCAUUUCGGGAUUGGACGAGGAGGAGGAGGGGGAGGACACUGAAAUUCUGGGGUUGGGGUCAUCUGCAGCUUCCGCACAGGCCGGAAGUAGUAGAACAAAUAAACAACAGAUAAACUACACUUCUCGGUCGAACAUGCUGCAGGCAAGAAACAUGGCUGGAGCAGUAGAGGGAACAACAUCUGCCGGUCGUGCGGAAAUAAAGUCCACCGCCCGCCUGAUGCGCAGCAAAAUCGAGGACUGUUUGAUGUCGCUGAAGCCGAAGGCUGCACAUACGAACGAUGGGAGUGGUUCCAGCAGCACUUCUUUGGCGUAUCCGAAGUCCGCGGUCGAUUUGGUCGAGGAGCUGACCCGGCAGACGGAGCAGAUCAGCCGCUUGGAGUGGGAGUUGGAGCGCGUGGAGCGGCAGCGGACGGACGCGCAGAAGCAGGCGUGGAGCACGGAAACGACCAUGGAGUAUCAAAUGCAAAAGUGUCUGGGUCUGGAAAAAUGGAAGUUUGUCAUGCUUGUCUGACAUCACUCUCAAGCCUGUCAUGCACAUUACCCAAAGGCCCUACUUUUCUGUCAUGCAGAAGCUCACUUUGUCAUGCAGAAAAGCCAAGACUAUAGCACCUCCAAAACUUGUCAUGCUUGCCACUCAAUUGAGGCGUCCUCGUCUUUCUCAACCAGCAUCACAAGUUUCCAGACCCAGACAUUUUUGCAUUUGAUAUGGAGCUGAUGAAGAGCGAGAAGGGGUUCCGGAAAGCGGUGGAGGAGAAGUGCAGGACGCUCUUGGAUAAGGAAUUGAAGGAGAAGGAGAUGCAACAGAGACAACAGCUCAACGAGGAGUACGCCCGGGCCGCGGAGGCGAAAUUGAUGCGGUGGAAAAAUCAGUUCCUGGACCAAAACCUCACCACCGAGGCGCUGAAGGAGAAGAAGGCGCUGGAGGGGGAGAAAUUUGCCAAGUACGAGCAAUCGCUGAUUCAACGGGAGCAGGAGGUGCGGCAGCGGGAAAUCGCACUAAUCAAGGAGCAGCAGAACUACUUGACCCUGCGCGGAAUGGUGCCGUCGAACGUGGUCGCGAACAAUCAAGCGUCGAGUUACAACCGAUCGCUACAGGCAGCGAAGAGAAGCGAGAUGACGACGAUUCGAGAACCGAUUCUGAAAAUAAAUCAACAAACAGCCGCUACAGGUGGAGAGGGGAAAGACGAGGGCGCUGCUGCGGCCGCUGUAACAAUAAAAAAAGCGCCGGCUGGCGCUGGGGCUGCUUCAACGCCCCAGAAACCGUCUGCAGCCGGCGGUGUUGUAAAUAAAGUCGCUGCCCAGUCCUCCUUGUCUUCCAGCAUUGACAGCAACAUCAUCGAACGGGGCGGAGCGGCGUUUUUCAAGACAGGCAAAGGCGCUACAACUUCUGCAGCAGUCGAGCAGAAUAUGGCGCCGCCCAGCAGAGAAGUGCGCCCAUUGGCUGCAUCGCAAAGCGGCUCUCCUGCGGUAUCUUCUACCGUGGUGAAAAUUUCACAGCCGCCUGCAGCAUCUGCUUCCGCCGGCACACAGAAAAAUAAAGCGCAGCAGCAGCGACCCACGACCCCGGCAAAAACGCCGCAACGGCAGCAGGCAGCCUCCACUCCGACGAAGAACAAGCCGACAGUCGUCAAGAGUGUGACGCCUUUUCAACAAGAUCAAAGACCCACAGCACCACACCUACAGAGAACCACCCCUACAAAUACGCCGCCAAAACAAGUCGCAACUGCGCUACAGCAGGCAAAAGCGAAGCCGGCGCCUGCUGCCAUGAAGAUGACGCCAGCAACUACAACCACCGGCAAUAGAACCUCCGUCGUCGAUCCUGCUCUGAAUAACAAGCAGCAAAACCAACUGUUCGACUUCGACGGCGCGGUGGAAUGGACGCUUGAUGACGACAGUAAUUGUUCGGUCGUCUACAACCCAGCCUCUUCCCCCACGCCGCUGGGGCGGAUGCCAAAGCAGUUUGGGAACUUCAACGCGGCGGCGGAUUGGACCUUGGGUUCGGAGGAACUGGACAAAACGCCUGUGUCAACGUCCUCCAACAAAACGCCCGACGACCUCCAGGAUUUUUCGAACAGCAACGCCAGCUCGGGGAUCAUGGUAACAAGUCAAGCCUCUGACCCGUUGAACACUGCGGUCCUGCUCGCACGGCCGUCUUCCGCGGAGGGAGAGAAUUUGUUCGAGCAAAGCUCCGUGGCGGAGUCUGUGGCGACCAGUUACGAGCUGGUGAACGAUUUCGAGUCGGAGACCAGCGUGCUCACGAGCGAACACGUCGCCACGGUCAGCAACGUCAGCGGAGGGAGUGCGAGGAAGUAGUAGAAAGAUAGAAGAAGAUGCUGGAGGCACAAGAUUAGUGUGAUAUUCGCUGGAUUAUUGAAUUAGACUCAACAUCAUCUUCUUUCUAUCUGGAGUAACCCGACUACAGCCACACCUGCGAAGGAUCUGAAAGGCAUAUUCAUUGUGUACGCGACUGCAACAAUAUGUGCGACGAGUACCAUUGUUGUCUUGUACCCCAAGUAUACUAAUUUACUCAACGAGAAU